CCUGGCUGCUAUUGCUUCUCAAUCAUCUGUCUUCCUCUUUUACAAGCCAGCGUGUCCCCCUCCCCGGCCAGACUAGCUACCACCCAUUUCCCUUUGCUUGCCAUCAAUUCAUGGUGCUCUACUCUCACUUCCUUCAAUCCAGCAAUCUCUUGUUGACCCUCACCUGCAUGCACGACCAUCACUUUCACUUUCUUACCUCCUACCUUCUCAAACCCAGAUUCCUCUUGCCCCUUCCCCUCCUCUAUUUCCUCCCCCGCAGCCCACAUCCUUAGCCUCCCUGACCCCAGAGACCUUUCCCUUUCACCACAAUGUCCCCCAUCCCCACCCACCCCUGUCCCUAUUGCUCCAGUCCAGUCCAUUCCCAAACCCUUGAUCCUCCCUCACCGGAGAACCUGACUACCCCUGUAUCCCAACCAAGCGAUAUAUCGACACACGUUUUCUCUUCAGAUCUACCAUCCCCCCUCACGUUUUCUCUGGAGGAAGCAAGCCUAUCGGUGGGAGAACUCUUCUCUUUAGGCCAUGAGGAGGGCUUCGAUCAGGUCAAGAAGAUUAUUGUUGGCAAGACUCAAGAUACGCAUCAGAGGAAAAUUCGGUCGUCAAGGACCAAGCUAGAGAUGGAGCGGAGGCGACUCGAACCAAUUACGUCGCCGAUUUCAGGACCCCGUAAGAGGAAGUCCAAGGCAGGAGACUUACCCACUGGUACUCAAUGAAUUGUUCUAUAAUCAGUUGGAAUGUGCGAGGUCUGGGCAACAGGGACAAAAGAGCGAGAGUUAAAGAGAUUUCUGGGUACUAGAAUCCUUGGUCUGAUUGAAACAAAAUGGUCGCAAUGCUCUGAUGAAUUUGUGUACAACAUCUUCGCCAAUAGGAACGUGGACUGGGUUGCCAAGGAUGCGGUUGGUAGUUCGUGUGGGAUGGGAUCGCUAUCAUCUGGGACAAGAGUGUUUUUCGUGGUCUAUGGUCCCCAGGACAGGGAGGAGAAAAUUGCUUUCAUUCACGAACUUGAUAAUCUUUGUGGUUCCUUGGCUUCCCCUCUCUGCAUUGCUGGUGAUUUCAACUUAGUCCGUAGCCAUGAUGAUUAUCGAGGAUGCAGGCGUAGUGUGAAUCUCAUGGGAACGGGUACGGUGCUAAUUGUACAAUAGUUAGCACCGUCCUAACCAAGGGAAAAACUACUACUAGUUUGAAUUAGUAGCGAUUUAGCUUAGAUGUUGUAUUGAUUUUAUAAUAAUCCGUAGUGAUUUCGUUAUUUUUAGUAGCGUUUUUUGCUAGUUAUCACGGUUCCCAUCCCGAAUCUCAUGGAUGAGUUUAACGAUUUUAUUGACGAUAAUGGUCUCCUUGACUUACCUUUGGGAGGGAGUAGUUUCACAUGGAGUAAAGGUGCAGGUCAGGA